AUGAAUCCCGUCAACACGAAGCCGUACAACCUGCCCGAUGAUGCCGUCUGGCUGAUCACGGGCUGCUCCUCGGGUAUCGGCCGCGCGCUCGCAACCAUCGUGGCCAGCAAGCCCUCUCACCGCCUCAUCGCGACCGCCCGCAACAAUGCAAGUUUAACCUAUCUCCCUAGCGACAACCCCAAAAUUCUCAAGCUGCCUCUGGACGUAACCUCUCCCAAGUCUGUCGAUGACGCCUUCAGCGCAGCCGCCGUGCACUUCGGCGCCGCCUUCCGCCUGGACGUCGUCGUGAACAACGCCGGCUACGAGCUGCAGGGUGACACUGAGAGCGCCACUGAGGAGCAGGCCCACGACCAGAUGGAGACGGUGUUCUUCGGGUCUGCGAGGGUCACCAUGAAGGCCGUGAAGGUGAUGCGCGAGUCCACAGCUGGGCUGGGCGGUCUGGUCAUGAAUCUCUCAUCCCUGGCUGGGCAGUGCACGUUUGCUGGGCAGUCGUACUACCAUGCGGCCAAGUUCGCUGUCGAGGGGUUUACGGAGUCGGUUGCUCGAGAGAUGCAUCCGGACUGGAACAUCAACUUCUGCAUCAUCGAGCCCGGCGGCGUCAAGACCAACUUCGAGAAGUCGAGCAAGAAGUUCAUCGCGCCGCACCCCGCCUACAAGGCCCCGGACAUGCCAUCCCGCCGCAUCGAGGCAUUCGUGAAAAAGGGCCAAGAAGCCGGCGCGGGUUUGGAGCCCGAAGCCGUUGCCAAGACCAUCUACGACCUCGCCAGUCGCGGUCAGCAGAUCCCACUGAGAGUGCCGCUGAGCUUGAUCGCAUGGGGUUUGAUCAAGAGCAAGUGCGAGGGUACGCUCAAGGACUUGGAAGGGCUGAAGGAGAUCAGUGCUAUGGGCCAGACCACAGCGCCUGAUACUCGGAAGAUAUGA